AUGACCAACACGAACGGCGCGGAUUCGGCGCCUCGCCUCGAGAAGGACGCCCCUCAACCCAUUGCCAUUAUCGGUUAUGCCUGCCGACUUCCGGGCCAAGUCACAUCUCCCUCUGAUCUAUGGGAACUAUGUACUCGAGCCCGAAGUGGAUGGUCACCCAUCCCGAAAGACCGCUUCUCCGUCGACGCAUUCCACCACCCUAACCCAUCUAAAGUGGGAUGCUUUAAUCCGAAGGGAGGCUACUUCCUCGAUGAAGAUCUUGCUCGUUUUGAUGCGCCCUUCUUCAAUCUAUCGGUCCAGGAAGCUACUUCCAUGGACCCCCAACAGCGCAUGUUGUUAGAGUGUUCGUACGAGGCUUUGGAGAGUGCUGGCAUUCCCAAAGAAAACCUUGCGCGUCGAAAGGUUGGCGUCUUCACUGGCGGCAACUUCUCUGAUUAUGAACUCAACAAUGUUCGCGAUAUGGAUACUAUUCCCAUGUAUCAAGCUACCGGCUGCGCUCCUUCCCUUCAAUCCAACCGCCUAUCAUACUUCUUCGAUCUCCGGGGACCAAGUAUCACAGUGGAUACAGCUUGCUCUUCUUCACUUGUUGCACUGCAUUAUGCGGUGCAGAGUCUACGAAAUGGAGAGUCACAGGAAGCCCUUGUCGCUGGUUGCCACCUCAAUAUUGUACCAGAUCUGUUUGUCUCAACAUCCAUGUCACAGUUGCUCAAUGACGAUGGUAAAACAUUUUCCUUUGACGAAAGAGCAAACUCUGGUUUUGCACGAGGUGAAGGCGCUGGCGUCGUAAUUCUCAAACCCCUUGACGCCGCUCUGCGUGACAGAGAUCCUAUCCGAGCCGUCGUUGCCAACUCAGGAGUGAACCAGGAUGGCCGUACAAAGGGUAUUACUUUGCCCAAUGGACAAGCCCAGGAGGAGCUUAUUCGACAAGUCUACAGAGACGCCUACCUCAACCCCGAGGAGUGCGGCUUCGCCGAAAUGCAUGGUACCGGAACAAAGGCCGGUGACCCAAUUGAAGCUGCAGCAGUUCAUGCAGCUCUCGGAGGAGGUCGGACUGCGAGAAACCCGCUUUAUAUCGGAUCAGUCAAAUCCAACAUUGGUCAUUUGGAAGGUGCCAGUGGUAUCAUUGCUAUUAUCAAGGCUGCCAUGAUGCUUGAGAAAGAGCUCAUGCUUCCAAACGCCGAGUUCAAGAAACCGAAUCCCAAUAUUCCACUAAAUGAGUGGAAUAUGAAGGUUUUGACAACGACUCGACCAUGGCCUGCCCGCAAGAACUACGCGAGUGUUUCCAACUACGGCUUUGGUGGAACAAAUGCCCAUGUCGUUCUUGCCAAGGCGCCCCUUCACUCCAAGGCACCCGAUGAAGCUGUUCAGGAUGUCGACGUUGAUCCCAAACUGAAGCUGUUCUUGAUUUCCGCCAACGAUAAGGAGUCACUGCGGACUAGGAUCAAGGACUUCGGUAUUUACUUUGAGCAACACCCUGAAGUCUUUGAGAAGUCCUUGUUUGGAAACUUUGCCUACACCCUUGGCAACAAGAUGUCGCAGCUGUCAUACCGUGUUGGUAUUCCUGCCACUUCUCUUGAUGAACUUGGAAUCCGUCUCGCUCAGCUUAAGAUCAACCCGCAGCGCGUUCUCGGUGCCCCAAUCUACUCAUUUGUCUUCACAGGACAGGGAGCUCAAUGGGCACAGAUGGGUAUCCCUCUCAUGGACGACUAUCCGAUUUUCGAGUCGGCCAUCAUCCGAGCCGAUAAGUGCCUGAAAGACCUUGGUGCUGACUUUUCUCUCCUUGAGGAGUUGAAAAAGGACACUCUCACUUCUGACAUCAACUCCCCCCAUCUGAGCCAGCCAGCCUGCACAGCACUUCAGAUUGCACUUGUGGACCUCCUGGAGUCAUGGGGAAUCCGCCCAUCUUCUGUCGUUGGUCAUAGUUCUGGUGAGAUCAGUGCGGCUUAUGCUGCAGGUAUAUAUGAUCUGGAAGGAGCUAUGGCUCUAGCAUACCGUCGAGGUCAAAUGACCUCCUUGCUCAAGGCCACGUUCCCCUCCCUGAAGGGUACCAUGAUCGCAGUGGGGGCUAGUCGCGACACUGUUCAACCGAUGCUCAAGACUCUGUCUGCGUAUGCCACUGUCGCCUGUGUCAACAGCCCGUCUAGUGUGACCGUCUCAGGAGACGUGACGGCAGUCGAUGAACUGGAGAAGAUCCUUCAAGAGAAGCAGCUCUUCAAUCGGAAGUUGAAGAUCGAUGUUGCCUACCACUCCGACCACAUGAAGAACGUUGCGGAGGCAUACCUUGAAGCAAUCAACUCCAUCCAACCCUCCUCCUCGGGCAAAUCUGCCUUCUACUCCUCUGUAUUUGGCCGUCUCGCGGAGCCUUCUGAGCUUGGACCAGCAUACUGGGUUGCCAACCUGACAUCCCCUGUGCUUUUCCCUGAUGCUUUGAGCAAGAUUGUUUCAGAUGAUGAAACAAGACCUAACCUUUUCGUUGAAAUCGGCCCGCACUCCGCAAUGAAGGGUCCUAUCUUGGAUACGCUCAAGAGCUUGGGUCCCACGGCCUCCAAGAUUGGAUACACUCCUACAGUCCUUCGCAACGCUGAGGCAGCUCAAGCACUUCUGGCUACUGCUGCCGCUGCCUACGUGCGCGGUGCUACCCUGAAUACGACAGAAGUCAACUUCCCAAAGACCGGCGCGGUCAAUCGCUGGUUCUUGAGCAAUUUGCCUCGUUACCCUUGGCAGCACGGUACCAGGUAUUGGCAUGAUGGCAGAAUUGCUCAGAAGCACAUCACCCGAGACCGUGCUAGGAACGAUGUUCUGGGGGUUUUGGCAAACUACUCGAAUGAUCUGGAGCCCACAUGGCGAAAUAUCGUGAGAUUAGAUGAGAUCCCAUAUCUUCGUGAUCAUAAGAUGCAGGGAAUGGCAGUUUAUCCCCUGGCAGGCUAUUUGGUGAUGGCCAUUGAGGCUGUGCGGAGACGUGCAGAGCAGCUUGACCUCCAAAUCUCGCAAUUUGAGCUGCGCGAGGUCAUCGUUGGCGCGGCUCUUGUGCUCACUGAUGACACGGAUGCCGAAACCACCAUCACCCUUCGACCAUACACUGAGGGUACGCGUGGAUCGUCUGAUGUCUGGGACGAGUUCCGCGUCUGUUCGUGGACGACCAAGCGUGGAUGGACAGAGCACUGUACUGGCCAAGUGCGAGUCCGUUCCGAUCCGAAGCAACAAGCUGCUGCAAUCGCAAGCCCAUUCGAGACUCAGCUCAACUACACAAAAGCUCAGAUCUCCAAGAUCCAAGCUGCUGCUACAAACCACACAGACGUUCAGCACAUGUAUCAGGUCCUGAGUGACCUGGGCGCCGGAUAUGGGCCCAUAUUCCAACCCCUUGAGAACUGCUACGCCAGCCCGCACCACUCCCUCUCGGAUCUGCAUGUUAGUGACACGGCUAGUGUCAUGCCCAAGAACUUCGAGCCUGCACUUACCGUGCAUCCAUCAUUCCUCGAUGGACUGCUUCAUCUUGUCUGGCCUAUUCUUGGCCAGGGUCUGGGCCGAAUGGACCUGGACACGCUUUACAUGCCAACCAUGAUCAAACGCGUGACAAUUGAUAUCAAUGUUCCGACCAAGGCUGGUGAAUUUGUUAAAGCCUACUGCAACGGCAGUCCCAGCUUGCCUACCCCUGAGCCAACCAAGUUUGAUCUUUUCGCUACACAGGAAGGAUCUGCUGAGCCUUUGAUCUUCAUGGAGGGUCUGAUCAUGACACCCCUCAGAGAUGCUGAUACUCGCCGUGAGGAUGUGCGAAAGAUUUGCUACAAGCUUGAUUGGCAUUCUUUGGCUGAUGCCCAGAACCCAAGCAAGGCAAAUGAUCAAGAGUCCGAUGAGCCCGCGCAAGCAAAUGGCGCCCCUCAGGCAAAUGGUGAUGCAGCCGCCCACGGGGAGCCAGAGACCGAUGUCCAGGAACAUGUGAACGGGCACACUGCCAAGCCCAAGCGUGAUAUCUACAUCUCCCACUUCGGUAAAUCCGAUGGCAUCGCCGACCACCUGAGUCAGGAGCUGUCGAAGACACUGACCUGGGAGCCUUCUGUGAGAGAAUUCAGCGAGACUGAUUACAAUCACAAACAUCUCCUCCUGCUCCAAACCGGUGACAGUUCGCUCCGUCAUCUCACCGAGGAUGUCUUCGAGAACCUCAAGAAGGCUCUGCUCAAUGCCCAGACUGUGCUCUGGGUUUACCGAACUGACUCUCCUGACAAUCAAAUGACUGUCGGUCUUGCGCGUACCUUGCGCUCGGAGACUUUGGCAAAGAUCGCUACUCUUGGACUGGCCCCUGAAGACAUCGAGGCCCCCGAGAAGCCAAUCCAGGCAGCAAUUGAUGCUUUGUGGCCAUCCGAUGGAGCCGAGCCUUCCAAGGACUUCGAAUUCAAGGCCAAGGGCUCCGAGCUGUUUGUUCAACGUGUGGUGGAAGACGAUGUUGCCAAUAACUUCGUCCACAACGAGACCAACGAGGUUGUCAUCUCGACGCAGCCAUUCAUUCAACCUGGGCGACGAUUCAAGAUCGAAAUCGGUCAUCUAGGUGCAUUGGACUCUCUUUACUUCGUCGAUGAUAGCCUACCACCAUUGGGCGAGAACCAGAUUGAACUCGAAGUCAAGGCAACUGGCCUCAACUUCAAGGAUAUCGUUGUUGCAAUGGGUCAGCUUGCUCAGCCUUACAUUGGAAUCGAAUGUAGUGGCAUUGUCUCCAGUGUCGGGUCAAAUGUCACAGAUAUCAAGGUUGGACAGAGAGUCAUGGCUAUGCCGGAAGGCUCUUUCUCGACAUAUGCUCGCUGCCCUGCCACUAGCGCUACCGAGAUCCCCGACAACAUGUCAUUCGAGGUUGCUGCCACUAUUCCUGUCGUUUUCGGCACAGCAUACUACUCACUGUUUGAUCUUGGUCAGCUCCAAGCUAACGAGCGUGUCUUGAUUCAUGCGGGCGCUGGUGGUGUCGGCCAGGCUGCCAUUAUGGUGGCGCAAAUGAUCGGUGCCGAUAUUUUCGUCACGGUGGGUAGUCUUGAGAAGAAGCAGUUCUUGAUGACGGAGUACGGAAUCCCCGAAGACCGUAUCUUCUACAGCCGUGAUGCCUCAUUUGCUCGUGGUAUCCGCCGAGCUACUGGUGAGAAGGGUGUUGACGUUGUUGUCAAUUCCCUGGCAGGAGAUCUUCUCCGUGAAACUUGGGAAACUCUGGCUCCAUUCGGUCGCUUCAUCGAAAUUGGUAAGGCAGACAUCACCAAGAACACACGUCUCGAUAUGCAGCCGUUCGAGUACAACGUUACAUUCUCGUCGGUCGACAUGACAAAGGUCGCCAAAUUCAAGCCGCAGCUUAUGAAGCGUCUUUUGGGAGAUGUAUCCCGACUUCUCUCUCAAGGUCAUGUCCAUCCCAUCUUGCCCAUUUCAGUCUACGGUAUCUCCGAUAUCGAGAAGGCAUUCCGUACUCUGCAGACGGGUAAGAGCAAGGGCAAGAUUGUGGUUGUUCCCCGUGAGGGUGACCAAGUCAGGGCUGUGGCUCCUAAGACUAGCGCUACUUUGCUUCGCCCAGAUGCAUCAUACAUUCUGAUUGGUGGUACUGGUGGCCUUGGUCGCAGCAUGGCCAAGUGGAUGGCCUCCAAGGGCGCAAAGAACAUCGUUCUUGUGUCGCGUCGGGCGGCCAUCAAUGACAAGGUGCAAGCUUUGAUUGAUAGCCUAGCUCCCUUGGGAGUGCAGAUUCUCGUCAAGGCUUGCGAUGUCAGCAGCCAGCAGUCGGUUGAGACUUUGAUCAAAGAAGAGAUGAAAGAUCUCCCCCCUGUGCGAGGUGUCGUUCAGGGUGCAAUGGUUCUUCGCGAUAUGCUAUUUGAAAACAUGUCUCUCGAAGACUUCACGGCUGUGGCUUCCGGCAAGGUUGAAGGAACUUGGAACCUGCACAACACACUGAUCAAUUCUCCCCUGGACUUCUUUAUUGCCCUUUCAUCUGUUGCUGGUAUUGUUGGCAACCGUGGACAGGCGGCCUAUUCUGCGGCCAACGUGUUCCUGGACGGAUUCAUGGAGUACCGCCAAUCCAUCGGUCUCCCUGGAACAUCAAUCGACCUUGCAGCAGUCAGCGACAUCGGCUAUCUAGCCGACAGUGACUCUCAGCGCCGACAGGAAGUGUUGAAAAAUAUCGGAAGUCAGACAAUUGACGAAUCGGAAGUGCUGGCCCUUGUGGCGGCCGCUCUGACCGGUGCUCUUGACCAAUCCUGCUCAGGACAGUGCGUUACCGGUCUAGCACUCGACUCCCUGGAAAACAAUUUCUGGGUUCAAGAUGCGAAGUUCAGCGUCCUUCUAGAAUCCGCUAAAGGUAGCCUGGGGAAUAGUGCCCAGCGCGAUGACCCAUCCGUUCCAUUGCAGGUCACUUUACAAGGUGCUUCUUCCAAAGAGGAAGCAUUGCAAGUUUGCUACGAGGCGCUGGCCGCCAAGCUAGCUCAAGUGCUUGUCCUGUCUUUGGAGGAUAUGGAUCCCUCAAUUACGGUCUCCUCGCUGGGUCUUGAUUCGCUGGUGGCUAUUGAGAUCCGGAACUGGAUUGCCCGUGAGGCGGAUGCCAACGUCCAGGUGCUGGAGUUACUUUCCAGUGGUACCUUGAUGGCGCUGGCAGAGAUUAUCCUGAACAAGUCUCAGGCAUAUACUCGUACUGAAUAG